AUGGAGAAUGGUGCGCUUGCCCCCACCAUUCAGUCCAUCCCCAUGCGCAAGGUCCGCCAGCUCUCCCACCACUUCUCUCGCAUCCUCUGCCGGGGAUUCGCUCGCACCGAGGACGAGGCCGUCUUCAUCGAAUCCGCCAAGGCGCUGGGGGAGGUCCUGCCGUGGACGCACGGGAUCAUCAAGAAGGUCAAGGACUCGAAGCGGGUGGACAAGCUGAACAACAACGUCGAGUCGAGCGAGGCGAUGCCCAUGCACUUCGACGGGAUGUUCAAGUUCGAGCACGUCACCGACCCGGUCACCGGGGCGACCAAGCGGCGCCAGGCCUUUCCCCGGUAUCAGUUCUUCACCUGCCAGGUGACCUCCCCCAACGACGGAUUCACCCUCUGGCCCAGCUCGCGGCUGCUUCUCCGCCACCUGCCCCACCCCUGGACCGUCGACCAGCUGCAGACGCUGACCUGGGGCAUGGACAACGACGGCUUCUGGGACGCCCAGAUCCACCAGCUGCCCUUGCUCGUCACGCACCCGGUGACCGGCCGCCCCUGUCUGCGUUGGCACCAGCCGUGGGACGCCAGCAAGACCAAGUUCUCCACCUGCGUGGUGACGAUCGAGAACGCCGCGGACGGCGGCGCCCGGCUGAUCCCUAUCAUCGACCGGCUCCUGUAUGACUAUCGGGUGUGUCUGCGGCUCGCGUGGGAGGUGGGCGAUGUGCUUGUCAACGACAACACGGCCAUGCUGCAUACCCGCACCGCGUAUCGAAACAAUGCGGAUCGGGAAUUGUGGCGGAUUCAUUGUGAUUGAUCCCUUCGAGGACAGCCAUCGUGUUUCGUGUAGAUCAAAGCAGAUUGUAG